CCUGCUGAUGACCUGCAGCAACACUUUUGAGACCUAGUCCUUCCUGCUAGCCUUGCAUGCGGCCAGCGUGGCUCGUGCGGGUUAGGGGUUGUCAUAUCAGCGAUCUGUUCACACUGUGAGACGUGGCAACGGCAUGAGUCACGCUGUGAUGUCAGGAACUCCUGACUGAUACCAACAGACUUGUUUAGACCGUCAAAACAACACAGACAAGAGAACCACGCCUCGGCCUAAAGGCACGUUACCGGACAACAGCAAAGCGAGCGUUGACUGCGUGUUGUGUCUGAGUUUUCAAGGUGGAACACUGUGCUACGUCUUUGUUUUUUCCAAGUGUGGAACACUGUGAUACGUCUUUGUUUUUCCAUACGUUUGUAUUUGCAGCAGGCUGUGUGUUUGGGUAACAAUUUGAGAGGCAAAUGACACUGGAAGAGACCCAGGGAGUGAACGAACACAAAAGCGAAACAAAAAACAAGGGACAUGGUGUGCUUUAUAUCCAGAGGGCUUAAAGGUUUGCAGUGGGAGGAGAGAUAGUGACAGAGACAGAGAGGAGGUUUCAGGUUACCUGAAAUACUUCUGUUUUGUCAGCCAGGCUCGGGGAUUCUAAAAGUCUCUUUGCCUACGCAAAGCACCGAGACACGAACCAGCACUCUUUAACGCAGAGGGACAGGUUGGAUUUAGCUGCUCUGCUGUAGAAAGAACACGGUAAGGACAGCAAGGGAGCGACAAAGAGACGUCAUAAACACAGUUUUUGCAGUCAGAGCCAGGGGGACGACAGUGUGACACAAAGGUGAGAGGAAGAGGACGAAGGACAUCCGGGAGCUUGUGGGUUACAGGGAGGAGAGAGACCCCUCCUCUGUCCAGGGAGGGAGGGCAGUGUUGACUCUGUGCUCCGUGUCAGCCAUAAGAAGGACUCCCACCAUCAUGCGGACGGUCGUCCAGGUGCGUGAGGAAAGCGCAGCGCCAUUGAAUCCCGGGCAGCCAGUGGUUUUACGGCCAGGGCGGCACAGAAGGCCCAUGACUGCCCCGGAGACCGAUAAAGAGAAGGCGUCCAAGAGGAAGAAAGUGCUGCUGACGGUCCUGUCAGUUGUCAUCGUACUGGGAAUACUGGUCACCGCUGCAUAUUUCAUUAAGGUGCUGAUUGACAGUAAAUAUUUCUUCUGCAAGAGUUCAGUGAAGUUCAUCCCGAUAGACGAGGCCUGCGACGGGAAAAACGACUGUUCCGGGGGAGAGGAUGAAAUUACGUGCUUGUCGAGAUUUACGGUCAAUACUACGUUUCCAGUGCGUCUCAUCACGGGGCAGCAGGUGCUGCAGGUGUACAGUGCAGCCCAAGGCUGGCAGACUGUGUGUAGCGACGUAUGGGCCGAGCAGUACACGGAGACGGCCUGCAGACAACUGGGCUACACAUCUAAACCCAGUAGCACCAGUGUGCCGGUGGACACCUUGUCAUCCCUGAAAGAUGGACCAUUUACAGCUAUCCGGCUUGGUUCUACGAACACGCCCAUACAUCUGGCUACCGCAAACCGCACUGUCUGCAAUUCCGGAUCUGUCAUAUCCUUGUCAUGUUCAGACUGUGGCUCGGUGGUCUCAGAGGGACGUAUUGUCGGGGGUACAGAUGCUUCUAUCGAGCACUGGCCCUGGCAGGUCAGCCUGCAGCAGGGGGGCCAGCACACAUGUGGAGGCACACUGGUGUCCCCGCGUUGGGUCGUCACCGCCGCCCACUGUUUUUCGGGGAGUAAAAAGGAGCUGAGUCGCUGGAGAGUGAUGUCAGGCCAGACGUUCAUGAGCGCACUCGGAGGUUCCUAUGUGGACAGGAUCAUCAUGAAUGGAGACUACAACUCUGUGCGAAGCGACUACGACAUUGCGCUGAUGAGACUCAGCAGCCCCAUCGGAGUGGGAGCCAGCCAAAAGCCGGUUUGUCUACCUCCUAAAGCCUUCGGCCUUCUCCCCGAUUCCGCCGUGAGUGUGACUGGCUGGGGAUACCGAGAGGAGAACGGGAAGGUCUCUUCGUCACUCCAGGAGGCCACUGUACGUCUGAUCGACUGGGCCAAGUGCUCCAACCCCUCAGUGUAUGGUAGUGCCGUGACCCCAAGGAUGCUCUGUGCCGGUUUACUUCAGGGCGGAGUGGACGCCUGCCAGGGGGACAGUGGGGGUCCUUUGGUGCACUUGACCUCCUCUCAUUGGCACCUGGUUGGAGUGGUGAGCUGGGGCGUCGGCUGCGCUCGGAAGGACAAGCCAGGCGUUUACACUAACGUUGAAGAGAUGUUAAACUGGAUUCAUACCGUCGUCGAGAACAACCCGUGAGGUCCUCCCUUUGGUAGAGCAGCCACCUCCAAGACUCCAGCCUUCUCUCUGGAAGACAAAAGAAAGCCGCAGUGAGAGUAAAUCUGAAGCUGGAGCGAAGGGCGUUAAGAUCAAUCUCAGCAGCAACACGGAAUAACUAACACAGCCAUAUUACACAAACACACACACGCUUUUAAUUUUCAAAACGUAUUGCUGUUUGUGCCAUUUCAGGUUAUUUUCUCAGGGGAUGUGUGUAUAUUUUUGUUUUGUGUCUCUAGCUGGUCUGGGAUGGUUUAAGUGUUGACAAUGUUGUAAUUUGACGGACCCAAAUGAAUGAUUAAUGCAAUAUUUGAUAAAGGUUUUGGGUAUUGAUGUGAUGACUUGGCAAUAAGUAUACUACCUGUUUAGACUGGUGAGAUUUUGACCGUACCGGACUGGCAGAGCCCAACCAUAAUGUAAUUUAUUACUUUGUGCUGUGAUUUUAGGUUUGCAAUGUGCAAACUUCUUUUAUCAAAGGCAACACACUGUGUACUGUGAGGGUGAAGACCGCUCAAAAUCCCCAAUAUAAGUAAUUUCAAGUCCCGAGCUUUAAGGCAUUGAUGGUGCUGACUCAGUUGAUCCGAGUGUCCCGGGAACAGGGAACACGCCCCAUUUCUACCACACAAUUGUUGCGCUCACUUCCUACAACUGAUGCACUUUAAGUGGAGUAACUUCUCUCCUCGCUGUACGUCUGGGAUGCACUUUGCUAAUCUAAUUAUGCACUGAGGACUAAAACUCAAACACACUUAUGUGGAGUGCCUCCACAAUGCGUACAAGUGCCUUCAUAAGACACCACCCCCCCCCAAAGCCAGAAUUUUCAGCGGCGGUCACUGAGGGUUUCCCUUCACAGCUAAACGGAAUUCAGAUUUUGUUUAAGUUUAGAAGUGCUAAUGGUAUGUUAAUUUUAAAAUAGGGGAACUUGGGCCUAUAUUAUUUAUUUCAAUUACUCAAUUUGUAGCAAGCAAUUAAUUUAGCUAUUUUAGGUUCAUGGUUAUUUUUGUAAUUUCCUUUUAAAACAUUUUAUUUAUAGAUAGAAUUUCUUUCAGGAUGUUGUGUGUGUGCCUUGGUGACUAAUAGCCUAUAUAUGAUUUUAUAUACUUGUAAAUACAAUAAACAUUCUUAUGCAA